UCAAGAGCCGAGGCAGACACCAACAAACAGAGGGGGGGAGGAGGAGGAGGAGGAGGAGCGCACAGCCCGCCAGCCCGCAUUAGCUCAGCUUUUCAACAGCCUCAGUCUGGGCUGGAGCGUGUGGUCGGGAGGAUGUGAGCAGUCGCGGCUCCCACGUCGAAAAGGAGAAGGGGCGGCAAGCAAAAGCCAGACAGCCUAGAAGCAGCAACUCUCCGAAAGAAAGGAAACCCCUCUCUCUCCCCCCCCCCGGCAGUUUCGAGGGACCACGAGCGGCGGCGAGGACGGGAGGGGGCGAGCAAGGACGGCGGGGACGCCGCGCGCCAGUUUGGAAGGGAUUUAUUUUCGGAGAGAGCGCCAUACGCUACAAGCCCCUUCCUCUCCCGGUUUCCAGAGAGCAACCUUAUAUAUAUUCUCCCUUAAAAAAAAAAAAAGAAUUGUUUCUGGUAGACAUGAACAGCACGGAGGUGACUUCCCCGACGCCAGACGCUGCUGCUGGGAGACCUUGCAAGACCCGCUGGUGCUAUUGACUCGCCUCGGCCUCCCUGGCCGCGCCGCUGAUACAGAUUUCUUCUCCGUUUCUUGGAGGGAGGGAGGCUGGCUGUCUGCGGCUUGAGGGUGUGUGUGUGUGAGAGAGAGAACUGAAGACUGCUGGCUUGAAAGGAAGCGGGAGGGCAGUCUCCUCUUUGGGAAGGCAGUGCGCUUUUUGGGGGGGGGGUCUUUUUGUAACUUUUCUCUCAACCUCCCUCCCACCCCCGAAGACCGACCUGUCUGUCCGUCCCUCCUUCCCCCCCUUGGAUCGGUCUUUGGGCCCCGCGUGUGGAAAGCAAACAAAGCAAGCGGCCCCCAAACUUGUUCCGAGGGGCGUCUGGACCCAAAGCAAGGCGACCCGCCAGGAGGGCGCAGUUGUCGGCGCGAUGAGCUUAUCGGGCGGCUUCCCUCCGCUGCGCCGUCUUUAGUGGGGGAGAGCAACCCAGCGGAGGCAUCCUUCGCCUUUGGGGGGGGGCGAGAGAAAGAAGGCUGGGAAGGAUUUAACCGAGGCUCGGGUUUUGCUGCGUCUGCAAAUAAUAAUAAUAAUAAUAAUUGUGCGUUAUCGCGGGGGAGGGGGGAUCCAGAAAGGAGGAUUAUUUUUAAAAAAACACCCAAGACGUGGGGGGGCCUCAACAGCAAAGCACCCUUUAAAAUGGAGACUGUCAGCAGAAGCAGCUUCCAGCCUCAUCCCGGCCUGCAGAAGACCUUGGAACAGUUUCAUCUGAGCUCGAUGAACUCGCUGGGUGGUCCGGCCGCCUUCUCGGCGCGCUGGGCGCAGGAGCUGUACAAGAACGGCAAGGAGCCUUCCUCCUCCUCGGCGGAGCCCGUGCUCCACUUACCGCCCAUCCAGCCGCCGGCGGUGAUGCCGGGCCCCUUCUUCAUGCCCUCGGACCGCUCCACCGAGCGCUGCGAGACGGUGCUGGAAGGCGAGACCAUCUCGUGCUUCGUGGUGGGCGGCGAGAAGCGCCUCUGCCUACCGCAGAUCCUCAACUCCGUCCUGCGCGACUUCUCCCUGCAGCAGAUCAACGCCGUCUGCGACGAGCUGCACAUCUACUGCUCGCGCUGCACGGCCGACCAGCUGGAGAUCCUGAAGGUCAUGGGGAUCCUGCCCUUCUCGGCGCCCUCCUGCGGCCUCAUCACCAAGACGGACGCCGAGCGGCUUUGCAACGCCUUGCUCUACGGCGGCGCCUACCCGCCGGGGCGCUGCAAGAAGGGGCUCGUCGGGGGCCACCACCACCACGCCGCCGCCAUCGAGCUGGAGCUGACCGAGCGGAGCUUUAAGGUGUACCACGAGUGCUUCGGGAAGUGCAAGGGGCUCCUGGUGCCCGAGCUCUACAGUAACCCUGGGGCGGCGUGCAUCCAGUGCCUCGACUGCCGGCUCAUGUACCCGCCGCACAAGUUCGUCAUCCACUCGCACAAGUCCCUGGAGAACCGGACUUGCCACUGGGGCUUCGACUCGGCCAACUGGCGAGCCUACAUCCUCCUCAGCCAGGAUUACGCCGGCAAGGACGAGAAAGCCAGGCUGGGCCAGUGCUUGGACGACAUGAAGGAGAAGUUCGACUACAGCAACCGAUACAAGAGGAAAGCACCCAGGGUCUCAGCCGACCCUCCUGCUCCCAAGAAACCCAAAACGGAUGACUCCUUGCAGCUGCCAAUCAUUGGUGACAAAGAGAAACAGUCCAAUUGGUUACGGUCCUUGUCUAGUUCAUCCAACAAGCAGAGCAUUGGCUGUAUUCACCCUCGACAGCGCCUCUCCGCGUUCCGGCCCUGGUCCCCUGCUGUUUCAGCAAACGAGAAAGAUCUGCCAAACCACAUCCCAGCUUUGAUCAGAGACAGUUUCUACUCCUAUAAAAGUUUUGAGAACGCCGUGGCCCCCAACGUGGCCCUUGCACCCCCUCCUCAGCCAAAGAUUGUAAGCAACCCCCCGUGUCCCACGGCAGCGCCGCGGAGCAACGAGCCGCUGAACAGCCCCUCCCAGCCCAGGAAAAGGAAGCAUGUCGCCGAAGCCCCAGCAGUCCCCGAACCUCCGCCAAGCACCGCAGUCGCUGCUGCUCCAGCCGCUGUCCCAGCCACAGAAGAAGAAAAGGAGUCGGAAGCAGAAAUUGAAGUAGAAACUCGAGAAGAACGUGAGUUCACCUCGUCUCUCUCCUCGCUUUCCUCCCCAUCCUUCACUUCUUCGAGCUCAGCCAAGGACAUGAGCUCGCCCAGCAUGCAAGCCCUGCCCACCACGAGCAACGCCUUCGAAGUCGCUAGCCACGCAGAGCCUCCGAGCGGCACCAGCGGGUUGGAGGCUGAGCUGGAACACCUCAGGCAGGCCCUGGAUGGUGGCCUGGACACAAAAGAAGCCAAAGAGAAGUUCCUCCACGAAGUCGUGAAGAUGAGAGUCAAGCAGGAAGAAAAACUCAACGCUGCCUUGCAGGCCAAACGCAGCCUACACCAGGAGCUUGAGUUCUUACGUGUGGCGAAGAAGGAGAAGCUAAGAGAAGCGACAGAGGCCAAGCGCAACUUAAGGAAAGAGAUUGAGCGCCUCCGAGCUGAGAAUGAGAAGAAGAUGAAAGAGGCCAACGAGUCACGGAUACGGCUAAAGCGGGAACUGGAACAAGCCAGACAAGUCCGGGUGUGUGAUAAGGGUUGUGAGGCAGGCCGGCUGCGAGCCAAAUACUCCGCCCAGAUUGAAGACCUGCAGGUGAAGCUCCAGCAUGCGGAAGCAGACAGGGAAGAGCUGCGUGCCGAUCUGUUGCGCGAGAGGGAAUCACGGGAACACUUGGAAAAGGUUGUCAAGGAACUUCAGGAGCAACUGUGGCCUAAACAGAGCGAUCUGUCCAGCACUGGACAAACAACAAAAGACAUGGACAACUAGGCCGGCGCUGAAGAAUGUAACGAGCUGGGUCUAAUUUGUAGGCCAGACUGACAAAAAUAAAAAUAAAAAUAUGCACAGUAAGGGAGAGUGUGUGGGAGAGGCGCUUGGGCGAGGGUCCACCCCCCCCCCGGCGCAUGCCGGUAAGCAUGGACUUUGUUAUUAAUUGGAGGGCAAAUGUUACUCUUUAUAACAGAAGCACUGAAUUCAGCCUCUUUUUUUCAAUCCAUAUAGCACAACAUCUUCCUGUGCCUAUAACAUGAAGAGUGUUUAUAAACCUAAACUACUUUUUGAGUCCGCAGCAAAAAAAAUAAAAUAAUUUUUCUACUGUCUGGCAAGCAGCAUAUCCAAGUGAAAAUUAAAGACAAGCAACGAGGGCUGCUUUAAUGGGAAUGCUUUGGAAUUAAGACAAAAGCCUUUUGUUACAAGCUAUUUAAAAACACCAACGCAAUUGAAUCACGAAGACAUGGUAUUACAGCCAUUGACAAGAAUUUUUUUUUAUUAUAUAUAAACGUAAAUACAUUCAAUGCCAUUGUUACAGGUGUUGGGUUCUUACUUAGAUAAGCUUGUCAGGAAAAGCCCACUAUUAAGCCAUGUCUGUUUUAAUCCAGGGGAUUUCUACGUGAAUUUCAAAUUUAGGUUUUUUUCCCCUACUUUAAAAAUCUUUGUUUUCCCCUCUUUGAGCCGAGAGGAAAAUCAGCGGAGGGAAAAGCGGAAGUGGUUCUAUGUUUCGGUGGGGUGUAGGAGUGGAACUAUAUCCUAAACGAACCCAGCCUUAUUAAAUUCAGUGUUUGUAAAUCACGCCAUAACUUUUUUUAUAUAUAAAUGUAUGUUAUUAACUGAUGUGUUUUAAAGACUCAUGUCAAUGCCAGAGCACUUCAAUUUUAAGAAAGAAACAGAAGAAUAUAUUUAAAAAAAACAAGAGAGGAAAAAAAAAAAACCAACACAGAAAGACGUCUGAACCACGAAGUUGCUUGUGAAAGAUAGUGGGGGAAAAAAGAGAGAGAGAAUGGCAUGUCUGCUUGGAAGCCCUUCCAUCCGUUUUCCCAGAGAAUGUGUCCCUGUUUGUAUCAUCACCUCAGAAAUUUCAGUAUUUUAUUGACUUUCCCCGGAUCAUGUGUGAGGAUUUUAGCGUGCCCCACAAAGAGUGCUCAACAUUGUAUUAAAGACAAAAAAGACUUUU